AUUGUUUACCAUUUUCGGCGAACCACAACACGUUAAGAAGCCAAACCUGGUGUGGGAUUUCUUGGUCCAGGAGAAGCGAAAAGAAUUGCUUUGACUUGUGGAAGCUUUGAUCCAGCAACAACGGAUACAGAAGUCGACCGUAUAACAUUUGUUUGGCGAGUUGUACUUGACAACAUUCAAAUGAAGUUCAAUUGAAGUCUUUUUGACAAUGAUGGGUUUGAGAGAAGAAAGAACAUUAAAGUUCUCUAUAAUUAUUAAAUAAAUAAAUGUAUAUGUUUUUGUGAGUGAAUGUUGCAAUAAAAUUAUUUUUGAGAUUGUGUUGCCUUAAAAAAUCCGAAAAAUGUUAUUCAUUAACAUUAUUAUUUUGAACAUUUCUCCUUUAAAUUUUUUAUAUUUUUUAGAGAUGUUUAUUGUUAAGUCUAAUUUGUCUUCUGUAUUUCUUCGUCAACCUCGAGUUUCUUUUUGUUUAAGUGUUGCUAGUUAUUAUGGAGGAGACCGUCCACAAUAUGAUAAUCAACAACGAUAUCAAAAUCGUGACAAUCGUUCUGAGGGAUAUGGAGAUCAACGGCCCUAUUAUAUUCAAAAUUUGAGAAAUACAAAACGUGUGGGUGGAGAUGCUCAAUUUUAUCAGAAUCGUGGACCAUACAGACCUAAUGUUUCUGGAUAUGGAGGGAAUAGAAUGACGAAAAAUAGUUUUGCAGGAAGCAACUUACGUCCAGUUGAUUGGAAUAAACAUCAAUUGCCCGAAAUUAGAAAAGAUUUGUAUAAAGAACAUGAAAAUGUUACAAAUCGUGAAUUGGAUGCAAUUAGAGAAUGGUUAAAAGAGAAUGAAUGUAUAAUUCGAGGACAGGAAGUUCCGCGACCAAUUUUUGAAUUUAUUGAAAGUGGAUUUCCAGAACCAAUAAUUGAUUUGCUUUCGAAAAAUUAUGAGUCUCCUAUGAGCAUUCAGUGUAUUUCAUGGCCAGUAGCAUUAAGUGGUCGAGAUAUGAUUUCUAUUUCUAGAACGGGAUCAGGGAAAACUCUUGGAUUUAUUCUGCCGGCAAUCAUGCAUGCAAUGAGUCAACCUCCUCGUCGUCACGGUGAUGGUCCUUCUGUUUUGGUUCUCUUGCCAACAAGAGAGUUGGCUCUUCAAGUGCAAGAAGUUGCCAUUGAAUUUUGCAGGAUAAUGAAUUUAACUGCAUUUUGUUGUUAUGGUGUUGAUAUUUGCAUUGCAACGCCUGGACGUUGUUUAGACUUUUUGGAAGCUAAAGUAUUAAAUCUGAAUAGAUGUACUUUUUUGGUUUUGGACGAAGCUGAUAGAAUGUUAGAUAUGGGAUUUGAACCACAAAUACGUUCAAUUAUUGGCCAACUUCGUAAUGAUCGUCAAACUUUAAUGUUUUCUGCAACUUGGCCUAAAGAAGUUCGUGAAUUAGCUAAUGAUUUCCACAAAGAUCCAGUUCACUUAACUGUUGGUUCUCUUGAAUUGGCUGCAAAUCAUAAUAUUGAGCAAUAUGUUGAAGUUGUUGAUGAACGUGAAAAGGAAGAACGUUUUAUGGAAUUACUUGGAAAAAUUAUAAAAGAGGACGAAUACAAAACAUUAAUUUUUGUUGCAACUAAACGUAAAGCUGAUGAUUUGACUCGUAAUUUGCGCCGUGAUGGUGUAAAAGCAUUGUGCAUACACGGAGAUAAAUCACAAACUGAACGGGAAUGGGUUCUUUCAGAAUUUAAGAGCAAUAAAAUGCCUAUUUUGAUUGCAACUGAUGUUGCUGCUCGUGGUUUAGAUGUUGAUGAUAUCAAAUACGUAAUAAAUUAUGAUUAUCCAAAUAAUUCAAAAGAUUAUAUCCAUCGAAUUGGCCGUACUGGGCGUAGAAACAAAACAGGUGUAAGUUACACUUUCUUUACUCCUGGAGAGUCUGACAAAGCGAAGGAUUUGAUUGAAGUUUUGGAAGAAGCUAAACAAACCGUUCCAGAUAGUCUUCGCAGUUUAGCAGAAAAUGGUAACGGAAGAGGUGGGCAAACUAGGGGAGGACGCCCAGAAUACCGAACACAAAGAGGUUAUUAUUGA